AUGAUGGUUGACCAGGCGAUGCUCUAUGCUGCUGGAGUGCCAGACAAAGAGCACAUGAAUACUGCACCACAUGUCGGCGUUGCCACUACAUGGUGGGAAGGGAAUCCGUGCAAUAUGACUCUACUGGAUUUGGGUAAAGAAGUCAAAAGGGCUUUAUCUGAAAAAGGAUUCCUGGGCUGGCAGUAUAACACGAUCGGCGUCAGUGAUGCCAUCACAAUGGGUCACCAGGGGAUGAGAUUCUCACUCCAGUCGCGAGAGAUUAUUGCAGACUCCAUUGAGACUGUGACAUGCGCCCAGUGCCACGAUGCUUGCAUCGCUAUUCCUGGAUGCGACAAGAAUAUGCCCGGAUCCAUUAUCGGAAUGACUAGACACAACCGACCAUCUAUCAUGAUAUUUGGUGGAACAAUUGCCAAGGGCUACUCGAAUACAUUGCGCAAACCAGUAAAUAUCAGCACAUGUUUCGAAGCUUUUGGAGCAUACCAUUAUGGCACCCUGAAGCAGCCCGAGGAUGGUGGAGACACAAGCAAGUCCAAGGAGGAUAUUAUUGAGGACCUGGAGGCGCAUGCCUGCCCAGGUCCAGGAGCCUGUGGUGGGAUGUAUACCGCAAAUACGAUGGCCACUGCCAUUGAGUCUAUGGGGUUGACUCUGCCUGGUUCGAGCUCAACGCCUGCGGCAUCACCAACUAAAAUGCGGGAAUGCACCAGGGCUGCUGAUGCAAUCGAAAUCUGCUUGGAGAAAAAUAUCACUCCCCGACAGCUCUUAACGAGACGGUCUUUCGAAAACGCUCUUGUUAUGACUAUGGCCUUAGGCGGGAGUACAAAUGCCGUCUUGCACUUACUGGCGAUGGCUGCAACUGCGGAUGUGCAGCUGACGUUGGAUGACUUUCAGAGAGUUUCAAAUAAGAUCCCAUUUAUUGCUGACCUUGCUCCAAGCGGCAAGUAUCUCAUGGCCGAUUUAUACGAGAUUGGUGGAGUUCCAAGUGUCCACAAGCUGUUGAUUGCAGCUGGGCUCCUGGAUGGCGGCAUUCUUACCAUCACGGGAAAGACUUUGGCAGAAAACGUCCAGGAUUGGCCCUCUCUUCCUCCUGAUCAGGUUAUUAUCCGACCACUCAGCUCCCCUAUCAAGCCAACCGGCCACUUGCAGAUACUCAGGGGUAAUAUUGCACCCCAAGGAGCGGUGGCAAAGAUUACUGGCAAGGAGGGUUUGUUGUUUCGAGGCAAGGCAAUGUGUUUUGACAAGGAGAGGCAUCUCAAUCGUGUGUUGGAAAGAGGUGGAAUUCCGCAUGACGAGAAUUUAGUGCUGAUUGUGAGAUACGAGGGCCCAAAGGGUGGACCAGGCAUGCCUGAGCAAUUGAAAGCGUCCGGGGUCAUCAAGGGUGCCGAGCUCUCGAAUAUUGCUCUGGUCACCGACGGCAGAUACAGCGGCGCUUCUCAUGGGUUUAUCGUCGGCCAUGUUUGCCCAGAGGCUGCAGUUGGAGGUCCUAUUGCACUCGUCAAGGACGGUGAUAUUAUCACUAUUGACGCAGUCCAUAACACUAUCAACUUUGACGUUAGCGAUGAAGAGCUAGCUGAAAGGAGGGCGAGAUGGAAGCCACCAAAGUCCCCAGUCAGUCGAGGGACACUGGCCAAAUAUACUGCCCUUGUCGGAGAUGCGAGCCAUGGAGCGGUUACAGAUUUAUUUUAA